GAUGAGUAACUUCCAGGAGCGAUUCGUCCUCAAGCUGGCCAAGGGCCACAAGAUCGACCUUGCCGUCCAGGGGGGGACAUGGUCGGAGGACGACGUGAGGCGGGUCAAAGAAGCCUGCGCGGCACUCUUCGCCAAGCAGCCCGAUUGUAGCUUCUUCUUGCGGCUCAAGGAGCCGAGGAAGAGCAAGCUGCUGGGCCCCCAGGGGCUGUGGGCCAAGAAGAAGGCCAGCGACGCGCCCGCGCAGGACGAGCUGCACGCCAGGUAG